UUUUCCACGUGGCAGUAAUGUAUCCAUCGAUUCACUUCUAUAUGUUCUCACCAGCUUUUCACAACAUUCAUCACAAUCUCUCUACUCCUCUCUGAUUCUCAAAGUUCCGAACUUUUCUCUUUCUUCUUCCUCUGUGAUCGAAGAGAUGACUUUCACGGCUGUGAGGAGGGACCAUGGAACCCUUAAAGCUAUGCUCGGAUCUGAUCUCAACGAACUUGGUAUCGCUGCUAAGAACCUCGCUAAUCACACUUUCAUGCUCACUGGUUUAGGCCUUGGUACCUCUAUCCUCGAAUGGAUUGCUUCAGUCGCCGCCAUAUACUUGUUGGUCUUGGAUCGAACUAACUGGAAGACGAAUAUGCUCACAGCACUUUUGAUUCCUUACAUCUUCUUCAGUCUUCCUUCUCUGAUCUUUGGCAUCUUCAGAGGAGAAAUUGGUAAAUGGAUUGCGAUUGUAGCUGUUGUUGUACAACUCUUCUUCCCAAAACACUUCCGAGAUUGGUUUGAAUUACCGGCGGCUGCGAUUAUACUCAUCGUGGUGGCUCCGAAUCUAAUCGCCUACACAUUCAGAGACAAUUGGGUUGGUUCACUUAUUUGCUUAGGCAUUGGAUGUUACUUGCUUCAAGAGCACAUUAGAGCUUCAGGUGGAUUUAGAAACGCCUUCACUAAAGCUAAUGGCAUCUCCAACACCCUUGGGAUCAUUGCUCUCGUCGUCUUCCCCAUUUGGGCUCUUAUCUUUUAAGCCAUGAUCAUUACUCCACAAAACUCUCUGUUUCAUUUCUCCAUUUGUUUUAUGUAAGAGUGAUUUUGUAUGAUUCUGUCUCUCAUAACUAUCCAAGAAUGUUGUUUGUUAGUCAAGACUCUCAGAAAUAAGAAAAUGGUGAUGAGGUUGUUUCUUUGGAUUGAAUUGAGAUUUUCAUUUUGA